AUGGUGGGCGUGUGGUGUGGAUGGCAUAUCGUGGCGUAUAUGAUAGGAUCGACGAUAUUAGGUAUGGGUUUGCAUCCCAUGAGCGGACAUAUACUCUCCGAACACUACGUUAUGUUUGACGAGAGGAUCAAUUUGCUUGAAAAUAUCAACAAAAAAGACGUUCAAAGAGAUGAGUACUCGAAGUUAAUACCCGAAACCUACUCCUAUUACGGACCACUCAAUUUAAUCAUGUAUAACGUGGGUUAUCACGUCGAGCACCACGACUUCCCAUCCAUUCCCUGCUCUCUUUUGCCUAAAGUUCGCGAAAUAGCGCCGGAAUAUUACAAUUCUCUACCCUAUCAUAGCUCCUGGACUUAUGUGGUCUGGAAGUUUUUAAUAGACCCUAAGCUUGGUCCUUUUUCUCGAGUCAAACGACCGCAUCGGUUUGGAAAACAAGACGAAAAGACCAUCGACUAUAUCAAUGAAAUCAACUCUGAAAUUAAAUAA